AUUAGAACUAACUCACGUACAUUUCCAAGGUUAUGUACUCCAAUGUCACUACCUUGCUCCGUCAACAAUGUUUAAAGUAUGAUAAUUAGAUAAUUUAAACUGGAGCAAACAAUUAAGAGAUGCAGCUUAAAUUUCUACGUAUUAAAUUUGCAUGACAAAUACCUACAAUAAAUAAUAAUGUAUUUAUCAACAAUUAGCGAUUUUGCACCGGAUUAAAUUAAUAUAAUUAUGUCAAGGAAGAAAAGAAAUCAUGGACGGGGAGAAACUGGUUUUGAACAUUGGGGUGGUUACAUGUCUGCGAAGAAAGCCAAACUGGAGGAGCAGUUUCAUGACACCGCCAACAAGGAAUUUAAAGAAUCGUCAAAACUGUUCGAAGGAAUCGCGAUAUUUGUGAACGGCUAUACAGAUCCCACAUCCGACGAGCUCAGACGCCUAAUGAUGAUGCACGGGGGUACGUAUCAUCAUUACAUGCGCCCCAAAAUCACCACUCACGUCAUAGCGUCCAAUCUGCCGUAUUCUAAAAUAGUGACGUACAGGAAGAGCCAAAAUCCAAUUCCUAUAUGCACGCCAAAGUGGAUCACCGCCAGCAUAACAGCAGGAAAAAUUCUAAACUUUCAAGAUUAUUUACUUUAUUCAAACAGCAGCAAGGUGCAGCCUCAGUUAACGUAUACAUUAAAUAAAAAACAUAAAAUUGAUACCGCUUCAGCUGUGCAUGAUGAACGACGUACUGAAAGUUCUGAAGCUUCAAUGAGCACGUGUCACGAUGAAAAUAAUGUAAAUAAUGUAUUGGAGCAUUGUGCGACUAAUGAUGCGGUGAAACGUGAUGCAGCUAGUACGGCCCAAUCUUCCAGUUCAAGAACAGGCGCGCAGUCUACGAGGGACGCCGAGUUUCUGUCGGCGUUUUACAGUAACUCGAGAUUGCAUUAUAUCGCCACUAUGGGAACCACUUUUAAAAACUACGUCAACGAGUUGAGAGACAAGAGCGAUGGAGCGUUCCCCGGAAUGGAGCGUUUAACAAAAUCGAGAAACGCAAAGAACGCUACAGCUUCAGUCGCUUGCGAGUCGGAUUCUGAAGAUGAUACAAUUUGCUUUAGAAGUGACGACAAGGUGGGAGCCAAGCAGGAACGCGUUAUAAUGCACAUCGACAUGGACUGUUUCUUUGCGUCCGUUGGAAUGAGAAAUCAACCGGAAUUGCAGGGCCUGCCAGUAGCGGUGACGCAUGCGAGGGGCAACGCAUUCUCAGCGAAUUACGACGGCAAAGAAGACUUUGGAUCGUUAUCGGAAGUAGCUUCGUGCUCGUAUGCGGCGAGAAAGGCUGGUGUAAAGAACGGCAUGUUUCUGGGAGAGGCACUGAAACUCUGCCCAAAUUUGAAGACGAUCCAGUACGAUUUCGAGGGCUACAAGGAAGUUUCUUACGUACUAUACGAUACCGUGGCAUCCUACACGUUAGACAUCGAAGCGGUGAGCUGCGACGAGAUGUACGCGGACUGCACCAAGAUUCUUGAAGCGUCCGGGCUCUCGGCGUUAGAAUUCGCUACUAUAAUCAGGGAGGAGAUAAAGCAGAAGACGCGUUGUCCAGUGUCCACGGGCUUUGGGAGCAACAAGUUGCAGGCGAGAUUAGCAACGCGAAAGGCCAAACCCGACAAUCAGUUUUAUCUGACCGGGCAAAACGCGGAAACGUACAUUCGGACUUUAAACGUGAGGGACUUACCAGGUGUUGGCGGAACGACGACACACAAGCUGCACGAGAUGAACGUACGUACGUGCGAGGAUCUGCAGAAGAUCUCGUUAGGGAGCUUGCAAAAGGAGUUCGGUGGGAAGACGGGAGAGCAAUUGCACAAGAUGUGCCGUGGCCUGGACGACACGAAGCUAAAUCUGGAGCACGUGAGGAAAUCGGUAUCGGCUGAAGUUAAUUACGGCAUAAGGUUCCGGAACAACGGCGAUGCCAUCGACUUUUUGAACAAGCUGUCCACGGAAGUGUGCAAUCGAUUAACGGCGGCCCGUGCAAAGGGUAGAUGCAUCACCCUGAAGCUCAUGAUAAGAGCGGAGGAAGCACCGAGAGAGACUGCGAAGUUCAUGGGUCACGGUCCUUGCAAUUAUCUAACGAAAUCCAAAAAUCUUAUAGCGGCUGUCGACGACGUCAGUGUCAUUAGGAAGGAAGUUGUAAGCAUCUGGAACCAGUUGCACUUGACGCCUGAAGAUAUGAGAGGAAUCGGAAUACAGAUAUCAAGACUAGAAGUAUGCAAGACCAAGCAGAAUAAAGAUAAUUUGAUGAAUUUCUUUAAUAAAAUGGAGAAAUCGCAACCACGUGAUGGAAUAUUGGCAAACGAGGUUCAAUGUGACUCUAACUUUAGUAACGAAUCCAAGCCAGAUAAAAUAUCAUUAAGCACAAAAUCAUCAGCAGCAGCGACGAGUGUUUCUGACGCAAGAGAUGACAACAAUUUGCCGCUGCAAUCGGCACAACUUUCCGAAUCCGUCAGUCCACGCGAGAACGGACAUGUAGCAAUAUCUGAUACUCGAGAACGGUCAGCAACGCUUGCCGUCGAAACGAAAGAUAAAAAUUUACAUAAUCGUAAGGCGAGUGAAAAUAAAUCGAAUAAGAAAGCGGCACAAAGACAGACGUCGCAAGAGAAUUUUUUCAGACACACGAAACCGAAAACCGGAAAUUCAUCCAAGUACGAGGUACCGCGGAUGCAGGACAUCGAUAUGUCGGUGUUAGUAGAACUACCCGAAGAUAUAAGAAACGAGAUAUUGGACGAGUACAAAAGAAAUAAAAAGCAGUCUCAAGCUGAGACCGCGAACUCGGCUGUUGCGGUAAACGAAGUGAUUGCCGAGAAGAGUUCCGAUGCACAUGAUUGUUCGCAGGUCGAUCCGGACGUUUUAUCGGCGUUAAUGAAAAGCAACUUGCAUCCCGACGUGCAACGUGACGUACAGAUGUAUUGUGAAAUGAAAAGAGAAGCGAACAGAAUGAAUCUUAAGGAAACGAAUGAAGGAAACCCGAGUAAGUUAACUGGGCAAUCGCAGCAAGCGGAUCCAUCUGCGAAAAUCGAUUAUGACGGCAAGAGCGUGGAAUCUAUUAAAAAUGGUACUUGUACAAUGGAAGCUGCGUGUACGCUACAAAAGGAUGCAAUAUUACGUGCGAGGGGAUGCGAACCGCACGAGAGAGAUACCGUCGACGAAACACGAUCCGCGAUGCGUCGAGUUAAUCAAGAUAUUGAGCUCUCACACAAUAAUGCUGUGAUGGAUAAAGCCGAUACCUUUAUUUUACAGAAUUUAAGUAUUUUACAUAACAAUGAGAACGUAGAUAAACAUCAGGAAAUGUUGAUUAAUCUUGUGAAUCAUCUCUUCACCCUUCCGUUACACCAGGUGAAAAUGCAAAUACAAACAUGGGUUACUAAAUCUAAAGUCGUGAACGAAGUGGAUUUUCUUUCACUCGCGACGUUUCUCAGCAUGCUUCCACAGAAGAAACGUAUCGAAGAUUUACACGUCUUGUUGAAAACCAUGCACAGAUGCACGAUGGAAACUGAGAACUGUAUUUGGCAUAGGACAUACAGAAGAACCGUGAAGCACGUUCAACGGUAUAUGCAGAUCGAGUAUAACAACAAUUUAAUGGUACCAUCGAUCAGAUGUAAUGAUUCGAGAUGUAAUAAUUAGCGAUAAUAACUGAAUACGAAACCUCGGGGAAUUUAAUAAAUUAACAAUUUUACAAU